UUUCACGCACCGCGCAGUCAGUCAGUCAUCCAGGCAGUGGACCAGCGAGCUGUCAUCUUCAUGGGCGACUAGUCAACUUUCUGUUCAGCCCCAUGAAGCCUCUUUAAAGCUACUUUCACGGACCUGUUCCUGCCAUGGAACCAAAGGAGAGCAGGCUUUUCCUGUAUGGCUCAGACUAAUGUCAGUGUUUUUGACAGUUAGGCUGCUAGUAGCUAUGUAGCUAGCUGCUCAUCAUUAACGGCGGUUGAUGCAUUGAAGCCAGUCGGCAAAACAUAACCCAAGCCGGAGACAGUUUGGAAAUUCUAUUUUACAUUUAUUUUUUCCCCACAAGUCUUGGUGUACGUAUUCCUGGAGAGUAAAAACACCUACUCUUGAAAGAAGACUCAAUUUAAAAGGCAAAGAGGCGAGAAAACCAGCGUUACAGUCCAGCUACAUUGGCAGCGGAUGUCCUAUAGAACGGAUGCGUGAGGACAUGUCCACCAUGGUGUGCGUGAAGGAGGAGGAGGACCCUGGAGAGAAACUGUCCCAGGAUGAGAUCAUUUCCAGGACCAAGCAAGUGAUCCAGGGGCUGGAGGCCCUGAAGCAGGAGCACCACUCCAUUCUGGAGGGCCUGCUGGGCACGCUGCGCUGCCUGAAGCAGGAUGAGGAGGGCGUCCUGGUGGAGGAAAAGUCCCACAUGAUCCGCAAGUCCCUGGAGAUGCUGGAGCUGGGUCUGAGCGAGGCACAGGUGAUGAUGGCGUUGUCGAGCCACCUGAGCUCAGUGGAGUCGGAGAAGCAGAAGCUCCGGGCUCAGGUACGCCGGCUCUGCCAGGAGAAUCAGUGGCUAAGGGAUGAGCUGGCGGGGACGCAGCAGAAGCUGCAGAAGAGCGAGCAGAGUGUGGCCCAGCUGGAGGAGGAGAAGAAGCACCUGGAGUUUAUGAACCAGCUGAAGAAGUACGACGAGGACUUGUCCCCAUCCGUGAGUGCUCAGGAGGAGAAGGACUCAGACUCGAGUAAAGAAACUUUGGAUGAUCUCUUCCCCGAUGACCAGGACGACCAAGCCCCAGGCAUCCAGCCGAGUCAUGGCAGUGCGGCAGCGGCAGCUGCCCAGCAGGGAGGCUACGAGAUCCCAGCCCGUCUGAGGACUCUCCACAACCUGGUGAUCCAGUAUGCCUCUCAGGGCCGAUACGAGGUGGCUGUGCCACUUUGCAAACAAGCCCUGGAAGACCUGGAGAAAACUUCUGGACAUGACCACCCUGAUGUGGCCACGAUGCUCAAUAUCCUAGCUCUUGUUUACAGGGAUCAGAACAAAUACAAGGAGGCAGCCAACUUGCUGAAUGAUGCUCUGGCCAUCAGGGAGAAGACGCUGGGCAGGGACCAUCCAGCUGUCGCUGCUACCCUAAAUAACCUGGCUGUCCUCUAUGGCAAGCGAGGGAAGUACAAAGAAGCAGAACCUCUGUGCAAGAGAGCGCUGGAGAUCAGAGAAAAGGUGCUGGGGAAGGACCACCCAGAUGUGGCCAAGCAGCUGAACAACCUGGCCCUGCUGUGUCAGAACCAGGGCAAGUACGAGGAGGUGGAGUACUACUACAUGAGAGCGCUGGAGAUUUACCAGACCAAACUGGGCCCUGACGACCCAAAUGUGGCCAAAACCAAGAACAACCUGGCUUCCUGUUACCUCAAACAAGGCAAGUUCAAGCAGGCUGAAACUCUGUACAAAGAAAUCCUCACCCGCGCCCAUGAGAGGGAGUUCGGCUCAGUUGAUGAUGAGAACAAACCAAUAUGGAUGCACGCUGAGGAGAGAGAGGAACAAAGCAAGGGGAAGCAGAAGGAUGGUUCACCAUUUGGAGAAUAUGGAGGCUGGUACAAAGCCUGUAAAGUUGACAGUCCCACAGUGACCACCACCCUGAAGAACCUCGGCGCCCUCUACAGGCGGCAGGGCAAGUUUGAGGCGGCAGAGACUCUGGAGGAAGCUGCCAUGCGUUCCAGAAAGCAGGGUCUGGACAACGUUCAUAAGCAGCGUGUGGCGGAGGUCUUGAGCGAGCCAGAGGCCCGUGAGAAGCAGCGGAGCCGUGAGAGCUUAACCUCUGACACGGUGAAAUACGAGAGCGGGCCAGACGGUGGCGAGGAAGUGAGUAUGAGCGUGGAGUGGAACGGGGAUGGCUCAGGCUCGCUGAAGAGGAGCGGCUCCUUCAGCAAACUGCGAGCGUCGAUCCGCCGUAGCAGCGAGAAACUCGUCCGCAAGUUGAAAGGCGGUGGCCCCAGAGACAGCGAGCCCAAAAACCCCGGCAUGAAGCGAGCCAGCUCUCUGGGGGUUCUUAACGUGGCGGACAAGGCUGCCAGUGACCACUACCAAGAACGAAAUAAUCGUCUGAGAAAGAGUCGUGACCUGAGUGCCAGCCACACCGACUUGGCGCAUUGAAGGUUUUUAUCGGACCCUGGCUCCUGGAUGGAGGGACUUCAUGAGAAAAGGCCUCCUGUCCACAAACUUCAGACCCUUCUCACUGUAAACUUCUCUGUGUGAAAGCUUUUUAUCUAAUUAUUCUUCAGCGUACAUCCACCGAGGUCUCACUGUACAGGUAUCUUUGCACUUUUUGAAGGUUUGUGCUCAUAGAGGGGAAUUGGAGAUGUUUAUCUGAAUCCAUACAUAUCGAGGAACAAGAAGAAUAUAUGAACAUACAGUAGCCUGCUGUAUGUUUGAGUGUGUAAAUCUCAUACUUGUAUAUCUUUUAUUUUGUAUGUGCUUGUACUGUAUGAAUGACUGUCUCUUUAAAUAUUUAAUGCUGUACUAUUGCUUAAAUGAAGGCAAAAGCAGAGUGGAGCUCCAGUUUUAUAACAUUUUUAAUGCAGAUUGGCCGAUAUUUUUUACUUAUUACUUGCAGUUCAGGCAUCAUUCUUGUCUAUAAGUCAUGUAACCUUAAAUUAAGAUUUCUUAUCUUGACAUACUAGGUGUAUAUGGUUUAAAUUAGUUUAAUAAGGUAAUUUAACUUGAAAUAAGGCACACUGAUUUCCCAAUAUUUGAGUUUUUCUGUGUAAAAUAACAAGCCUGCUCUGCUUCUUAUAUGUUUAAACUACCAUCUCUGCUGAAAACGUGUCCAGUGAUGACGUCUCAUCGUAGGCCGACCCGGACAGUAGCUUAGCUCUGCGUUCUCCCUGCAGGUUUCCAAUGGAAGUACAGAAAAGAUGCACACAUUUUGUCAGGCAGGAUAAAUAACAGUUGAUGUACUUUAUGGUUUGAUAUGUUGCAGCCUAAUAAUCAGGAUUAAAUGUUAACUUUAUAUGGCAAAAUCAUUGGAAACCUGUUGAAAGGACGUGCACCAGAAUCUCUAAAAUGCUCCGUCCUGCGUUGGUUGAAGAUUUUGCUUUUAAUGUUUGGAGUUUUAUGUUUACAUUUGGUAAAUGCUGACUUAUUGUUUCCGUCCUUUUUGCUGCUCUCUUUGUGUCUUUCUGUAUAAAGCCUUGAUAAUAGCGGCACUGUGUUUAUAUGAAUACUGAGGCUGACAAAUAAUGGAGCAGGACUUUGACAUUUUGGCACAUGAAGGCUGAGAGGCACACUCAGGUUUGAGGCUUUUAGUUUCUCACACUGACUGCACCGCAAACACCACUCCACACUCUAAACGUAGAACUGUUGCAGCGUGUUUCUGCUUAGGAUGUUAGUUUUUACACUUUAUUGUGUGGGUUCUAGUGAAGUAAAUCAACCAAAAAGUGCAGAUUAAUAUAGUUUAGAGGCAGUUAUUUUCAUGCAACAGUAACUCCUGAGAGUUUAAUGCAAAUAUAAAAUGUAUUUUUCUUUUGCAGCAAAAGGGAGUGCUUCUCCUAGAAAUAGUUUAGAGGUAGAGUUUGACAAUAAUGUAAAUAUUUAUUUUGUAAACCCAGAGUUUUGUUUUAACUGGAACAAUUUUACUGAUCUUAGAGUUAAACUGGAUGUAAUUUUUGGAAUAAAAAUAUGUCCACAUAACAGCAACUCAAAAAA